AUGCUGUCUUUGGGUGCUUGGCGGCUGCCUCUGCUGCAGCAGCAUUUGCUGCUGCAGCAGCGGACGGCAGCAAGGCGAGCAACUGCAGCAGCAACAGCAGCAGCAGCAGCAGCAGCAGCACCAUCACCACCACCACCAGCAGCAAGAACAAAUGCAGCUGCAACACGAGCAGCAGCAGCAGCAACAGCAACAGCAACAGGGCUGAGGUGUCUAUACACCUCAGCAGCAAAACAAACAGCAGUAGGACCUACUGCAGCAGCAGCAGCAGCAGCAGCAGCAGCAGCAGCAGCAACACCAUCUCCUGCAGCAGAAUCCUCCUCACGCCCAUCACCACCCCCACCAUCACCACCACCACCACCACCACCACCACCAGCACCACCACCACCAGCACCACCAUCAGCACCACCACCACCAGCAGCACCAGCAGCAGCAGCAGCAGGAGCAGCAGCAGCAGCAGCAGCAGGAGGAGUAUUGAGUAUAUCUGUAUUGCGUUUAGGUGGCAGCAUAAACUCUCGUUCUGUGCUGCAGCAGUUUUAUGAUAGUUUGCCUAUAAGACACCGAUUUAAAAAAGCAGUAAAAAGAGGGACGAUGGUGUGGGUUAGGGGGCAGCUGCUGCUGCCUCCUGUUGCUGCUGCAGGGCAUGCAAUCAGCAGCAAACUGCUGCCGCCACACCAGCAGCAGCAGCAGCAGCUGCUGCUGCAGCUGCAGCAGCAGCAGCAGCAGCGGCAGGGGCAGAGGAAGCAGCAGCAGUAUCUCGAGAGAAUGCUUAUGUACCAUCAUAAACAGCAGCAACAAUCAAUUCGAGAGAAUGCUUAUGUACCAUCAUAA